CGAGAGGAGGCGCCUGGCGCUAACAAAAGUCCGGCCCGCGGGUGCGCCGCGCCGGGCCGCGAGUCUCUGCUCGCUCGGGGCACCCGCAACAAGUGGCCGCCGCGCCCUCCCCGGGGAAGCCGCGGGCGCGCAGGGGCGCCGGGAGGAGGCGGCCGAGCCGGGGAGCCCCUGCCGCCCGCGCGGCUCAGCCCCACCGCAGAGGGAUCGGGGCGGGCGGAUGGGGACCCGGCGGCGGCGGCGCGGCGAGCCUCUGGGCGGCCCCGGGGCGCGGGCUCUCCGCCGCGCUGCGCCCGCUGGCCCGGAACGCGGAUUCUAAGAGCGGCGGCUGCCCCCGGCCCCACCCGGAGCCAUCGGGGGUGCCAGGCGGGGACGGAGCGCCCCCUCCCACCGGAGUGCAGGGGCCGCCCCCGGUCGGAGCCCGGCCCCGGAGCGUGGGGUAUGCGCAGCUAACGGUCCCGUCGGGCGGGCUUUCCUCUGGUGGAGCGCGCAGGCGGUGCGCCCCAGCUAUGGAGUGUCCGGGGAGACGGCGGGCAUGACGGCGGCAGGAUGGGCGCGAACAAUGGCAAACAGUACGGCAGUGAGGGCAAAGGCAGCUCAAGCAUCUCAUCUGACGUGAGUUCAAGUACAGAUCACACGCCGACCCAAGCCCAGAAGAAUGUGGCUACCAGUGAAGACUCCGACCUGAGCAUGCGCACACUGAGCACGCCCAGCCCAGCCCUGAUAUGUCCCCCGAACCUGCCCGGGUUUCAGAAUGGAAGGGGCUCGUCCACCUCCUCGUCGUCCAUCACCGGGGAGACGGUGGCCAUGGUCCACUCCCCGCCCCCGACCCGCCUCACCCACCCGCUCAUCCGGCUGGCCUGCAGACCGCAGAAGGAGCAGGCCAGCGUCGAGCGCCUCCCGGACCAGUCCAUGGUGCAGAUCUUCUCCUUCCUGCCCACCAACCAGCUGUGCCGCUGCGCCCGCGUGUGUCGCCGCUGGUACAACCUGGCCUGGGACCCGCGGCUCUGGAGGACUAUCCGCCUGACGGGCGAGACCAUCAACGUGGACCGCGCCCUCAAGGUGCUGACCCGCCGGCUCUGCCAGGACACGCCCAACGUCUGUCUCAUGCUGGAAACCGUAGCGGUCAGUGGCUGCAGGCGGCUCACGGACCGAGGGCUUUACACCAUUGCCCAGUGCUGCCCCGAACUGAGGCGACUGGAGGUCUCGGGCUGUUACAAUAUCUCCAACGAGGCGGUCUUCGACGUGGUGUCCCUCUGCCCCAACCUGGAGCACCUGGACGUGUCAGAUUUCCAUCCGCUACCUGGACAUGACGGACUGCUUCGUGCUGGAGGACGAAGGGCUGCACACGAUCGCGGCGCACUGCACGCAGCUGACCCACCUGUACCUGCGCCGCUGCGUGCGCCUCACCGACGAGGGCCUGCGCUACCUGAUGAUCUACUGCACCUCCAUCAAGGAGCUGAGCGUCAGCGACUGCCGCUUCGUCAGCGACUUCGGCCUGCGGGAGAUCGCCAAGCUGGAGGCGCGCCUGCGGUACCUCAGCAUCGCCCACUGCGGCCGCGUCACCGACGUGGGCAUCCGCUACGUGGCCAAGUACUGCAGCAAGCUGCGCUACCUCAACGCGAGGGGCUGCGAGGGCAUCACGGACCACGGCGUGGAGUACCUCGCCAAGAACUGCGCCAAGCUCAAGUCCCUGGACAUCGGCAAGUGCCCGCUAGUCUCCGACACGGGCCUCGAGUGCCUGGCCCUGAACUGCUUCAACCUCAAGCGGCUCAGCCUCAAGUCCUGCGAGAGCAUCACGGGCCAGGGCCUGCAGGUCGUGGCGGCCAACUGCUUCGACCUCCAGAUGCUCAACGUGCAGGACUGCGACGUGUCCGUGGAGGCCCUGCGGUUCGUGAAGCGCCACUGCAAGCGCUGCGCCAUCGAGCACACCAACCCCGCCUUCUUCUGAAGGGGCCGCUCGGGCCGCCGCGCGCGGACCCAGUGGCGCGAUUCCCGAGAGCAGCAUCUGUAAGCGCCGGCACCCGCCCACCCGUAGCAGCCCUUGCUUCCUGGGAGGCUCUUGGGGGUCUGGCUUUUCGUUUUCCUUGGUGCUCGUGGGCGACAGGGGUCCAGGAAAGCAAGGGGGAGUGGGGGGAGAGCGGGGGGAGGGCGGGGGGGUGCAAGUUGCCGUGCCGGUAAACUGGUUUUUUGGGUCAGGUCAUCUGUAGGCAGUUUCUCUUCUCCCCAAAGAGGUACCUCAGAAGGCCGAUGGCAGUGUGUUUAAGAACGCCUCUUUCUCUGUCUCUCUGCUCCCGGCGGCAUCCCAGGCUUCUGCGUGCACACACCUGUCCCAACCGCUCCCCCCCCCCCACAGCCCCUCCCUGGCCAACAGCAACCACACAUCCAGGAUAAUGAUGCUCUCCAGACCUCCUCCUCUUUAAACCACUUGAGUGGCCUAAGCCGCACUCAGCAGUCCUGCGCCCAAGCAAAUUCUUGUUAAAUAAAUGUCCUAGCACGUGGUAUAUACAAAGCGCUUCCAACCCUUUUCUAAAGAAUCACUUGGGGCAAGCAGCACUGUGCAGGAGGAGACCUGCAUUCUCCCCUCCUGCCCCCCCCCCCAGCUCUGCCACA